UCUCAAAACAGCUCUGAGAAGGCAGAGGGCUUCUGGUCUGCGUGGAACUUCUCCGGUGGACCCCAGAGCAUGGAACACAUCCAUGACAGUGAUGGCAGUUCCAGCAGCAGCCACCAGAGCCUCAAGACCACAGCCAAGUGGGCAACCUCCCUGGAGAGUCUGCUGGAAGACCCAGAAGGCGUGAAGAGAUUCCGGGAAUUUUUGAAAAAGGAAUUCAGUGAAGAAAAUGUUUUGUUCUGGCUAGCAUGUGAAGAUUUUAAGAAAUUGCAAGAUAAGAAGCAGAUGCAGGAAAAGGCCAGGGAGAUCUACGUGACCUUUCUGUCCAACAAGGCCUCAUCCCAAGUCAACGUGGAGGGGCAGUCUCGGCUCAACGAGAAGAUCCUAGAAGAACCACACCCUCUGAUGUUCCAGAAACUCCAGGACCAGAUCUUCAACCUCAUGAAGUACGACAGCUACAGUCGCUUCUUAAAGUCUGACUUGUUUUUGAAAUACAAACGAACCGAGGAAGAGGAGGAAGAUGAACCCGAUGCUCAAACUGCAGCUAAACGAGCUUCCAGAAUUUAUAACACAUGAGCCCCGGGAAGCCAGGACUGCYGCCCUCGCCAAGCAGAGGGGCUUGCUCCCAGGACUGUGUGGGGUUAUCAUUGCUUUGUUAUGUGCAAGGACCGAGAUGUACAAAACCCUUCAAUGGGGUGUGUGUAUUUUAUUAACUGCUUGACCAGUAAGUUUUGCAUGAUGGCUAAUCUUACAUAAAAAUAGCUUUGAAGUUUCAGUUCACAAAACAAGCARACAGAGGUUCCUUCCACACUGGACGCUUGGGACAUUUAAUAGCUUGAUUAAACUKCACUUGAGGCCA